AUGGCCGACCUACCCCCCGACCUGUUCGACCAGACGACAAUCAUCUCCCUCCUCUCGACACUAGCCAUUGUGCUCGCCGCCUACCUCACCUCGUGCGCCGUGCUGCCGUCGAAAAGCUCGGGACUCGUGCGCUUCUUCUUCAUCUGGCAUCUCGCCGACGCCCUGUGCCACUUUAUCCUCGAGGGCAGCUUCCUCUACCACUGCUUCUUCUCGCACGCGCCCGCCCUCGACGCUGCGGAGGACUGGUUCCCGACGCCCUUCAACUUUCUGGGAUGGGGUGCCGAGCGGGUCUACGGCGCACAGGCCGGUGGUGACAAUCCCUUUGCGCAGCUGUGGAUGGUAUACGCGCGCGCGGACAAGAGGUGGGCUGGCGUCGAUCUCGGUGUCGUGAGCCUGGAGCUGCUCACCGUAUUCUUUGAUGGGCCCUUGGCCCUGUACAUUUGCUACUGCCUCGCCAGGAAGGAUCCCAGAGCCAGCAUCUGGAUGAUCGUCCUGGCUACCUGCGAGUUGUACGGCGGCUUCAUGACGUUCUGCCCGGAGUGGUUGAUUGGCAGCCUCAACUUGGACACGAGCAACUUUAUGUAUAUGUGGGUGUACUUGGUCUUCUUCAACACGCUUUGGGUAUGGAUCCCACUUUACAUUAUCUACUGGGCGGUGGGAGAUAUUUCUGGGGCGUUGAGUGCACGCCAGGCGAAGAAGGACGUAUAG